AUCAACCAAGACCAGAGCAACAUCAACAACAUCCUUAAGAGCAACCCAAACCAUUCUGCUGCCGGCGAGACCAACAAACAACAGAGCAACGCCAACGAGGAAGGCUACCGAAAAUCCGAGAGAUAUAAUAUUGAUGAUCCAGGAGCCAGCACGAGUACAGGCGGCACCCAAACUCGAGGCGACACACCGGGAGGACAACGCAGCAUACCAGACUCCAGCGGCUGGCGCGACAAACUCGUGGCCCAACUGCUCCUGCUCUCAGAGGAGAACAAGGCCAACGGAGCCUACGAAGGAUUCGCCUACUUCAACGAUCACCACAAUACCGAUCGUGAUAGACAGCAAGCCCAAUCCCAGAAUUCUGCUGAUAAGAGUGCCCACAAGCAACAGCAACAGCCUAAGCAGCAACAAUACUCGCAGCGUGACAGAGCACAGAACGCCUCGAACUCGCAUCAUCAGAAUACCCUUUUUACCAGGGUCGGUACCAACGCGUCCGCCAGCCAACCAGGCCUCGCCUUCACCGAGUUCUUUAGUAAAUCCGAUAGGUUCGGCGAGGAGGUGCCGUAUCUCAACGUACCCAACAACUGGGACGCCAACAUCCCGAUCGCAACCAGAAACGGUGGCAGGUUUACCGACUACGGCAAUAGUGAACCAAACGGUCCCGGUUUCGUCGAGCGCGCCUCAGACACAGACCCUGGCAGCCAUGGCUGGUAUCCAGCUGACAGGUGCGGACGAGCCGCCAUCCCGCCGGGAUAUGAGUGGAGCAAUGCCUACUGCCACAGUUGAAGAGAUAGACGUUCCGGUGUUCAUUGAUGAAUACCUGCAAGACAUAGAAGCAACGUCAUCGACGUGCAGCAGCGAAAACGGAAAGGAGAUUUUUACUGAGACGGAUAUUCUUGACUUUGAUAUAAACAUGUUUGCCGAGGAGGAUCUGAUUGAGCUUGAGGGCAAGAAGACGGAUCCCUUCAGUCCGGCGAUGGACACGAUGAACAACGACAACCUUGAGAACGACUUUCUACUUAUGGAUGACCUGCCGAACGAGGAGGAGACUUUCGACAUGUCAUCGAUGCUCAAUAGCGGCAUCGACAUCAACCAGGAGCAAGACCUGGACCUCAUCAACAUAUUCCAAAACUCGCAGCCGACGGCCAUGCUCACUGGUUCAGAGGACCCCUACCUGGCCAACUACUCGCAGGCCACAUCUACAUCCAGCACCACGAAAUACAUCACAGAGGAGCCCCUGAUCGCCGACAUGGCCAACUUCGACAGCAGCAGUGUCUUUGGCUGCAGCCAAGAGUCGCUCGGCUUCGGCCUUGUGGAGGACGUCAAGCCCAGCAGCAGCUUUGCCAGCAGUGGCGGCGACGUCGCCGUGGCCAUCCCAACACCCAUCCAACACAUUACCAACCUCAAGCGAUCUGCUCCGGCCCCCGUGGUAGAGGCGCAGCCCAACAAGCGCCGACGACCGGUGCUCAAGAUCAGCACUGAGAUAACGCCCGUAUUCAGCCCGACCACGCCAGAGAUUAUUAACCAGCUCCUGAAUGAUGACAUGUUCGAGGCUCCCACAAGUACCAGCACCAACAACACCUCCAUCAGCAGCAUCAUAAUCACCCAUGCAGACAUCGUAGAGGAUCUACGCAGUGCCGAAGAGGAGACUACCACCGACUUCUCGCCGCCUAACACACCACACAGUAGCUACUCAGCCAGCUCCAGCUGUGCCGCGCCCACCUGCCAGACCGGAUUUGGCGGAUUCCUCACUGCUCCCGCCUCGCCUGCCUAUUCAGUAGCCAGUACCUCCGUGUUCAGCCCUUCGCCAGCCGGCGGUCUCGGCGGCAAGAGGAAGCGCGGUCGUCCUGCCAAGGAUCAUGCCGACGGUCCCGAUCCCGAGCUCAUGUCCCGCAUGAGCAGCGAGGAGAGGAAGGCCUACGAGGACAGAAUCAAGAACAACGAGGCAAGCCGCGUCUCGCGCCGGAAGACGAAGAAGCGCGAGGAGGAGGAGAAAAGCGCUGAGGACGAGCUGGUGGCAGAGAAUCUGCGACUACGCGCCCUGGCCGACGAAGUGGCAUCCCAGGAACGCAAGUUUAAGUUGUAUCUGAUGGAGCGCCAACGGAAGAACAGCACCUUCGUCAAGCAGGAGCAGCACUGAGAUUCUCGUAGCCAUAGAAUAGAUAGACCUACUGUCGUGACCUAAGAUUGUCGCAUAUUGCGAAGCAUAAGCAUUAGUCAUAGUACCCUCGUCGUCAUCCAUUUGUUUAGUUACUUAAGUUGUCGUUGAAGAAGUCGAGAAGCAGAAAUCAAAUUUCCAUCUGGACAUCAGUUUCGCACGAAAUGAUGUAAAACCUAAAUCAUUUAAGCCACUUAUUAGGCAUAGUGAUGGCGCCCAUUGUGCGCGAGACGUGUUUAACUUUAAUUUUACUUUUAUUAUGUUUGAGAAAACUAAAAUUUUUUGUACCCACAUAUAUGUUUUUCGUCCUAUGCGUAAUCAAAAAACAAUCAACAAAAAGCACAAAAAAAUAUGAUUACGAGUUCGUAUGUUUUAACCCCAUUGAUGAACAAAAAAAAGUUUAAAAAAUGUCAACAAAAAAAUAUGCUAUUGUUAAGAACAAUUGAAAUGUAUAUUUUACAAAUACAACUUAUAUAACCGUAAUUGUUUGAAUAAAGCGUGUUUCAAUAAACAUGACAAAAUCAA